UCUGCUGAAGACACCAGUCACAAUCACAGCUCCUGUUAUUUGCAUUACUUAGAUUAUAUUUCCACACUUUAAUUUGUCAGACUGAGGAUGUCGGGAAGCUCCGGGAACGGGAAGUUGCGUCAGUGGCUGAUCGAGCAGGUGGACACUGGGAAAUAUCCCGGCUUAGUUUGGGAGGAUCGAGAGCGAACCAUAUUUCGCAUCCCGUGGAAACACGCAGGGAAACAGGACUAUAACAGAGACGAGGAUGCAGCGCUCUUCAAGGCCUGGGCUUUGUUUAAGGGCAAGUAUCGUGAGGGAAUAGAUAAACCGGAUCCACCCACCUGGAAAACCCGGCUCAGGUGCGCCUUGAACAAAAGCAGCGACUUCGAGGAGCUCGUGGGCCGGAGUCAGCUGGACGUGUCAGAGCCGUUUAAAGUUUACCGUGUUAUUCCUGAGGGAACCAAGAGAGCACCAAAAUCAUAUGAGAAAGUUUCCACAAGCUCAGGUCACCAUAACUACCCCUUUUAUCCUUCAUAUGAACCUGUGGAGGGUCAGGUGUGUAACUUCAUGUCUGCUGCUGACAGGAACUGGAGGGACUUCCUGUGUGAGCAGAACUCACUGUCCGACGUCCACUUCAGCCAGAACUCACGCUGGGACGCUGGGUACCAGAUCAGUGGCUCUUUCUACAGCUGUAACACGUUUGACUCGCCUCCGUCUCCGUUCACUCUGGACGCCAGCAUGAGAUCAGCGGAGGCCAUGGCGCUGUCAGACGCCCGUCUGCAGGUGUCGGUGUUUAGCGGUGAGACUCUGGUCUCAGAAGUCACCGUCACAAGCGCCGAAGGCUGUCGAUUGGCUCCGCAUGAUGACAACUGGACCUACAGCGGCCCGGGCGGCCCGGAGGUGGUUCCUCUGCCUCAGGCUGAGAGAGGAGCGUUGGAGGGGGGCGUCCUGCUGUGGAUGACGCCCGACGGCCUGUACGCCCGACGCUUCUGUCAGUGCAGGGUCUACUGCGACGGGACACACACAAACCUAAGCGCCAAACUCUGCAAACUAGAGAGAGAGCAGACCAGCAAACUACUGGACACACAGCUCUUCCUGACAGAGCUCCAGGGUUAUUUCCUGCACGCUCGUCCUCCUCCGCGUUUCCACGUGCAACUGUUUUUUGAGUGCUGUGACCCCUCCGCAGACAAGAGACCCCUGACAGUCCAGGUGGAGCCACUGUUCGCCCGUCAGCUGCUGCUGCUCCUCCAGCAGGGCGGAGUGAACUACAUGAGGAACAGCCAUGAACUUUCACCUCUGACCCCUGAGCAGGUUUACCCCACCCACCAAGAGUAUCCAGUCAUCAGUGGACACCAGACGCAUGGAAAUUUCGUACAAGAGUGACCCAAAGAAGUUUCAAGACACUUCAAGACACCAAUUUAUUAAUAUACAGUUAACAUUAAUAAACCAAAAUCCACAUAUAGGCUUUUAUAUUUACUGUUGCCAAGCCAUGUAGCAACUUAAUGCAUUAAUACAGAAUGUCAAAAUCAAUCAGUCAAUCAAUUAAUCAAUCAAUAAGUAAAUAUGAACUUGUAUUAAAAAGGGUAAAAAUAUUUAUAUAGAUAUAAUUUAAAAAAUUAAGAAAUAUUUCAAUGACUGUCUGUUUAAUAUUGUUUAUGUUUUUGUGCUUUAUAUUUUACUUUUUCUGCUUGUACUGUUUUUAUGUUGUAAAACUGAUUUAACAAAAUCUCAGGGACAAAAUCUGUUUGAAAUGUAUUUCUUCCUAUGUUUGAAAUAAAAUAUCCACAUGAAAUAAUACUGCAAAUGGGGCCUACCAUUUUAAAAAAUAUUAUGUAUUAUGUAACUAUAUAUUAUGUAAAGAUAAACAUUUCAGGAACUACUACUCUUUAUGGGUCUGGGAUCAGGUCUCAUUGGUGUCCAGCCAUUUUUAGUUGUACAAAACAGCUGCUUGAUAUUGCAAAUUGACAUGUCUUACCAUAUUAUUUGAAUGCAUUAUCUUGAUUAUAAACACACUGGUUUGUAGUAUUCCUCUCAUUAUUUCCUUAUAGUGGCUAACGAACCGAAGGUCUCGUCCAUAGGCUUACUGCAGCAUUAAAAAAAAAAAUAAAGGUGGGUAGUUAAACCAUGCUAACUACAAAUAAACCAUAGUUUUCUUACACUAAC